UUACGACCUGUUGUAGGUUGUUGACAAGACAAGUACACUUCCAAAUCUGGCGAAUUCGGUUUCGUCUUCGUCUAAAGCGGCGGAAGAAAUCCGAAAGACAGAAAGGAAAACGAAAAAAAAAAGAUAAAACCGGGGGCAUUUUAUCGUUAAAUAACAUCUGGGAGAGUGAUAAACCUCAGUCUUUGGUCGGCUUCCGCUCCGCCCGGUUCCUAGUUUUCUUCCUUUCUCAAUCUCUCGGCUUUUCACUAGGAAUCAUUUGUAAUUUUAUGAAAAAUGGGUAGCAAAAAUCAUACACUCUUCUAUAUAUUUCUUCUAUCGUAUCCUAUCAUAUGCUGGUCAGCUGCUUCUGUAGCACCAGAUGAUCUUCAUGAAGACAAAGUUAAGCAUUUUGAAAAAGACGGUGCUCAUAAUGUUGAAUACGACCAUGAGGCCUUCUUAGGCGAAGAGGCUAAGUCUUUCGACAGUUUAUCACCAGAAGAAAGUAGAAAAAGACUGGGUUUAAUAGUUGACAAGAUAGAUAAGGAUCAGGAUGGUUUUGUAACAACAGAGGAACUUAAGGAUUGGAUAAAGUAUACCCAGGAGAAAUUUAUAAGGGAUAAUGUAGAUCGAAUGUGGAACAACCAUAACCCACAAGGCGCUGAAAAAUUGGGUUGGGAUGAAUAUAGUGAAUCAGUGUAUGGUUUUAUGAAAGACAUGACUGAUGAAGAGCUCAAUAAAAAGGACAAUCAAUUGACAUACCAAGGGCUUUAUAAUAGAGACAAGAGGAGGUGGACGGCUUCUGAUUUAGACGGUGAUGGAUUAUUAACAAAACAUGAAUUUUUCUCAUUUCUGCAUCCAGAAGAGAGCCCUCAUAUGAGAUCGAUUAUUAUCCAGGAAACAGUAGAAGAUCUUGAUUCAGACAAAGAUGGGAAAAUAUCUUUAGAUGAAUACAUAGGUGAUUUAUACCAAGGAGAAGACGACUUCAAACCUCAAUGGGUGGAAACAGAAAUCGAAAACUUUAAAAAAGUCCGUGAUGCCGAUGGCGAUGGUUACAUAACCGGAGAUGAGGUGAAAAGCAUUAUUGGCCCAGAAGACUACGAUUACGCCAAAGCUGAAGCGCAACAUUUGAUCUAUGAAGCUGAUCGAAACGACGAUAAAAAACUCACCAAAGAAGAGAUCAUUGAAAAAUACGAUUUAUUCGUUGGUUCCCAAGCAACAGAUUUUGGCGAAGCCCUUGUAAGGCAUGAUGAGUUUUAAUGUUGGAAAAUUGUAUAUUGUGUGGCUUUAUGAAUGUUGUACUGAUUUAGAAGUUUAGAUUUUUUUAAAGGCAAUAUUUCUUUUUAUUGUCAAUUAAUUUAUUUCCUUUUAUAGAAUAUAGUGUUUUUGUAAUAUUGCAUUUUUUAAUUAAAUGGU